GCGAUGCUGCGGCACGAAGUUGGCCGCGCAUGGCGCAGCAUCCCAUGGAACGACGUGCUCGAACAGCGCCUGAGCGCAGACAAGUACUUUAUGCGCAGCGGUUUGAUCCGCAAGGAUCUCUUGCCGUUGUACGCGCAGGACGUGAUGCCAUGGACACGCGUUGUGGGCUCGUACGACGAGCUCGUCGACGCUUUGUCUAAUGACACGCCGUCCAACGGCGAUACACGACGAUAUGUGCUCAAGCUCUGCGACUCGAGCAACGCGUUUGGCAUUUUCUUUUUUGACGACGCGUCGCUGACGUUUGAUCUCUUCCUCGACAAGCAAAAGCGAGUCGUGCAGCGAUACAUCUCCCCAUGGCUUGCGCACCGCCAUCGCAAGUUUCAUCUGCGCGUUCUCGUCUUGGCGGUCGGGCACCUCGAUGUGUACGUCUUCCACGACGUACGCGCGCUCGUCGCAACGGAGGCGUACCGGCAUGAUGCACUCGAAAACCCGUUCGUGCACGUGACCAACAUGAGUGCCAACAAAGGGGCUGCAAGCUACGACGAGGCGGCUCAGAAUCUGGCGCUUUCCGAUGUGGCGGGCCUCGACCACGAUCAGAUCCUUGACCAGAUUCACGCGAGCGUCCGACUCGUGUUUCAGAAUCUGACGCGCGCCAGAAACCGGCGCCACUUUUUCUCGCUGCCAAACUGCUACGAGCUCUUUGGGUGGGACUUUAUGGUCGACGACGCGGGUCGCGUUCUGCUCCUCGAGGUCAACCCUGACCCCUCGCUACGCAUGUAUCAAGACGGUGCGGCCAUCGUGCCAUUGGAUGUGCUCGCGACGGGCGUCCCCUCGGACACGUUUACGCGGGUCUUUUCUCUUCAAGCCUCCAAGGCGCUCGCGUCCCUUCGCCGCCACACGUCGUCUUGAGCCUACUUUUUGC